ACGCUGGAGGCGGGCCCUGCGUCGGCGUCGGCACUGCCGCCUCUGUGGGCCGGGUCCCUGACGUGACUGACGCGGGCUCGGAGCAGCGGGCGCGCUGAGGCAGCAGCGGGCCGAGGCGGUGACCGCAACCGGGAGGGAGCGGCCUCGGCGAGGGAGGCGGCCGCCCUCUCGGACCGCCGGACGAAAGAGAAAGAUGGCGGAGGCCUCGGCGGCCGGUACCGGCGCAGGCGCCGCCGUCGCCCCGCACCGGUUUUUCUGCCACUUCUGCAAGGGCGAGGUCAACCCCAAACUACCGGAAUAUAUUUGUCCCAGAUGUGAAUCGGGCUUUAUUGAAGAAGUGACAGAUGAUUCCAGUUUUUUAGGAGGUGGUGGUGGUGGCAGCCGCAUGGACAAUAGCACAUCAACACAUUUUGCGGAGUUCUGGCGCAAUUUGGACCACACGAUGAUUAUACAAGAUUUUAGACCAUUUCUAAGUAGCAAUCCACUGGACCAAGAUAAUAGAGCCAAUGAGAGAGGUCACCAAACUCACACUGACUUCUGGGGACCAAGUCGACCUCCGCGGUUGCCAAUGACUCGGAGAUACAGAUCGCAAGGAAGUACUCGUCCUGAUAGAUCCCCAGCUAUUGAAGGAAUAAUACAACAGAUCUUUGCAGGGUUCUUUGCAAAUUCUGCAGUUCCUGGUGGAUCCCCACACCCUUUUACCUGGAGCGGGAUGCUGCACUCCAACCCUGGGGACUAUGCCUGGGGUCAAACAGGGCUUGAUGCCAUUGUAACUCAGCUUUUAGGACAACUGGAAAACACAGGGCCUCCCCCAGCUGACAAGGAAAAGAUCACAUCUCUUCCAACAGUGACAGUAACUCAGGAACAAGUUGAUAUGGGUUUAGAGUGUCCAGUAUGCAAAGAAGAUUACACAGUUGAAGAGGAAGUCCGACAGUUACCCUGCAACCACUUCUUUCAUAGCAGUUGUAUUGUGCCAUGGUUGGAACUGCAUGAUACAUGUCCUAUAUGUAGGAAGAGCUUAAAUGGUGAGGACUCUACUUGGCAAACCCAGAACUCUGAGGCCUCUGCAAGCAACAGAUUUAGCAGUGACAACCAGCUACAUGACCGAUGGACUUUCUGAAACUAAGGACUGCAUCUGAGCCAGGGCUAUGGUAGUCUUCUGCCACAGUUGUGAAUUGUAUCAAAACAAAAAAAUAGUAGGUGGAUUUAGGAAUCACGUAAGAAGCUCCAACCCAUAAUAUUAAUGCAGAGUGUUUUCUUUAAAUUUAAAUUUAGCAUCUAUAGAUGGAAUUGUAUCUAAAACCAAAUGCCUCUUAUUUCUGAAUUCAGAGUGAUAAUUUUAUAAGUGUGAAACUUAAUUAUGUGGGUUUCCUCUUGCAGAAUAGAAUUAGUUCCCUACAGUCUAGCUAGGGUCCUGCUGUCUGUCAUGUUAGCUUGUAAAGGCUAUUUUCGCCCCCUUGUCCGGCCUCCACCCUACCAUUAGUGUAUUGUAUGGCAGAUACAGUGGACUCAGAGCCCUAAAGUCCUACUGAUGUAAAGUCCUGUUUUAAUUGUACAAAAGCAUAUACUCUUGGCUACAUUAGCUAUGAAUUAAGUUCAGAUUAAUUCAGGAAUCUAAGACUAAUGAUUUUGAUUUUUCUUGAACCCUCAGACAGUAAAUCAAAGAAAAAUUAUAGUGGGAAGGAGAAAGUGGCUUAUCAUUAUACUCUUUGGUUUUCUCAUUUUGAUUUUUAAAGAUUACUUCAAAAGAUGCAGUUUCUGCAGAAACCAACAUCACAUGUCUUUGGGGUCUUCUGUUGGUAGGAAUCUAAUUCUGGUGCCUUUUUGUGAAAGAGCUGAGCAGCAUAUAGGCAAAGAAGGACAAAGGUUUGAAAUCAUUGGUUCUGGAGUUUUUUAAUGAUCCCCAACUCGCCGUUUACUGUCUUUUGUCCUGGGGACUUUAAAAUAAUUUCCCUCAUAGAAAUAGAAUGACUCCAUUGCUGCUUCUAUUUACUGUUUUUAGUAAUUCAUUGGCCUUGAGAUUUUACAUUUUCUUAUUUUAAUUUUUUAAGCCCUUUAAUCAUCUCUGAAACCUUUCUGUUUACUUGCUUCUGGAUAUACUUAGAAUCAAACUGAUUAUUGUGAUCAUGUCCAAAACAACCUGGUCUAGGAGAGGUAGGCCUUACUUUUUUUUAGCCUAACAGUGUCCCAUGUAGACACAUACGCUGUUUGAUGCAUUUGAAGAAGAACAAAAAUGUCCUUGGAAUCUCAGAGUCUCAAAAGGAAAUGAUGGGGGCAUGUAAUCACUGUUGGUACCCCAAAAAAGGUUACAGAGGGCCACUGUGUGUGGUCAUACCAGCCCUUCAUAGCUUGGAAUGAUCAGAACAAGAAGGCCACUUUUUGGUGAGUCUCUUUCUUGGCUCUUUUCUUUUCUUAGUUUCCGUUGACUGUCAUACACUAUACUCUGAUUUGGGGGGGUUAGGGGAAGGGGAUUAGAGAUAUCUUUGUACUUUGGUAGAUGAUAAAGGAGUAGUAGAGGGAAAAGACAAUGUGGAAAAGUGGCCUGCUGAAUUAAUAGCCUACCUGUAAAAGUUGUGACCAUAAGGUAUGAUUCAGGUUGGGCCCAGAGGAAAUAAAAGAUGUUGUUUUCA